AUGAUUGACUUAGAAAAUAGAAUUAAAGCUUAUCGUUUUGUGGCAUAUUCAGCUGUUUGUUUUUCGGUGGUAGCUGUACUUUCUGUAUGUGUUACUUUGCCUAUGGUCUAUAAUUAUGUUCAUCAUGUUCGUAGAAGUAUGCAGAGCGAGAUUAAUUAUUGCAAAGGAUCUGCCAAAGAUAUCUGGUCAGAAGUUAACCAACUUCGCAGCAUUCCAGUCGAAAAUAGCGGAAACCGAACAGCUCGACAGGCCUAUGCAGAAGGCCCUAGUGCUGGAGUAGGAUCUGCAGCUGGAGGAGGAGGUGGUUGUGAGGCUUGUUGUUUACCUGGACCGCCGGGAGCACCUGGCCUACCAGGAAAUCCAGGAAAGCCACCUACACAGCCAUGCGAACCUGUUACUCCACCUCCAUGCAAGCCUUGCCCAGCAGGUCCGCCCGGACCCCCAGGCCCUGCAGGUCCACCUGGUGAUGCUGGAGCACCUGGACAGCCUGGUCAACAAGGACAAGAUGCGCCAAAUGGAGAACCUGGGCCUAAAGGACCGCCUGGACCUCCCGGUCCACCUGGACAAGCGGGACCACCUGGAGAACCAGGAGCACCUGCACAAUCUCAACCAGUCGUACCCGGUCCACCCGGAGAGCCUGGAGAUGCUGGGCCUCCUGGACCACCUGGCCAGCCUGGAUCACCUGGAUCGGAUGGAGGUGCAGGCCAACCUGGUCCAAAGGGUCCGCCAGGCCCCCCAGGACCUCCAGGCAAUGAUGGCCAGCCUGGAUCCCCUGGACAACCGGGACAGCCCGGAGGACAAGGAGAAAAGGGAAUAUGUCCAAAAUAUUGUGCAAUUGAUGGAGGGGUCUUCUUUGAAGAUGGAACUCGUAGACGUCGUUCUUUAAAUUAA